GAGCAACCAAGGUAGCUUUCAGCACUGCACUGGAUACGAGCGGAGCUUCUGGACCCUUCGACACGGACACAACAUUAAUCUACAGAAGAGUGAUAUUAAAUGUGGGCAAUGCCUACAAUCAGAACACAGGUAUCUUCACAGCACCAGUUGCAGGUGUUUAUUACUUCUGCUURUUCUAUCAAGUUGGAGGAGAACAUSAAUCAAAGCUGRWUCUUUACAAGAAUGCUGGCGUGAUGAUCAUGACCUAUGAGCCCSCUUCACAAUCAAAGGCAGAUYUGGGAGGAAACGCUGUCUUCCUGCAACUCCAACAAGGCGACACMGUGUUUGUUAAAAUGGCAGCAAAAUCACAUGUUUGGGGAAAUAACCAAUUCACCACUUUCCAUGGGUUUUUAGUCACAGAAACAU